AUGGCGCUCGCUCUAAAUUCUUCUGGCAAUGCCGGAAAUGGCAACUUCAAGGAUAAGGAGAAGCCCAUGGCAGUGCGCACCGCCAAUAUCAUGGCAGCUAGAGCUGUUGCUGAUGCCAUAAGAACGUCAUUGGGACCAAGAGGGAUGGAUAAGAUGAUACAAACCGGAAAAGGAGAAACCAUAAUCACGAACGAUGGAAACACCAUGUUAAAGGAUAUGGCUGUUAUGCACCCGGCCGCAAAGAUGUUGGUGGACCUUAGCGCCGCACAGGAUGUGGAAGCUGGUGACGGAACUACAUCUGUUGUUGUGAUUGCGGGGAGUCUCUUGGGAGCUGCAGAUCGACUAUUGGCGAGAGGAAUACAUCCCACCGUUAUUUCUGAGUCCUUCCAAAGAGCAGCUGCAGCUGCGGUUAAGAUUCUCCACGACAUGUCACAUCCUAUAUCCCUUUCAGAUCGCGCAACACUUCUUCAAGCCGCUUCAACCUCGUUGUCAUCGAAGAUCGUCUCCCAAUAUUCAAAUCUCCUUGGUCCAAUCGCUGUUGACUCCGUGCUGAAAACGAUAGACCCGAAAACGGCAGAGAAUGCUGACCUUCGGAAUAUUCGGAUCGUGAAGAAAGUGGGUGGCACGAUUGAGGACAGCGAAAUGGUGGACGGUUUGAUCUUGAAUCAAUCAGUCCUGAAAAGCGCAGGUGGUCCAGUCAGGGUUGAGAAGGCUAGAAUUGCAUUGAUCCAAUUCCAACUAAGCCCUCCCAAACCAGAUAUGGAAAACCAAAUUGUUGUCAACGACUAUCGGCAGAUGGACAAGAUCAUUAAAGAAGAGCGCAUGUAUCUUCUUAACAUGGUAAAGAAAAUAGCAAAGACCAAGUGCAAUGUCCUUUUGAUUCAAAAGUCCAUCCUUCGCGAUGCUGUAAACGACAUCUCCCUCUAUUUCCUCUCCCGCGUGAAGAUUUUGGCCGUCAAGGACAUUGAACGCGACGAAGUGGAAUUUCUCUGUAAGAGUUUAGGAUGCAAGCCCAUAGCCAAUAUUGAUUCGUUUACGGAAGACAAGCUCGGUACCGCGGACUUGAUCGAGGAGGUGCAAUCUGAUGGAUCACGGUAUACAAAAGUGACGGGCAUCAGAUCAGCUGCCGCAAAUCAAACUGUGUCUAUUGUAGCUCGCGGCGCAAACAGCCUCGUUCUUGACGAAGUAGAGCGAUCCCUACACGACGCCCUCUGCGUGAUUCGAUGCCUUGUCAAGAAACGCGCUCUCAUUGCCGGCGGCGGUGCCCCUGAGAUCGAAAUUGCACAGGCCCUAGCAAAACAGGCGCGAGCUCUUACAGGCACGGAAGCCAUAUGCUGGAAAGCCUUUGCUGACGCGAUGGAGGUCAUUCCCACCACCCUUGCAGAGAACGCCGGAUUGAAUAGUAUAAAAGUGGUCACCGAUCUCCACCACCGACACGCCAUGGGAGAGAAAAAUGCCGGCGUGAGCAUCCGAAGUGGAGGGGUUAAGGACAAUAUUGCCGAGGAGAGGGUCCUGCAGCCGCUACUUGUGAGCACGAGCGCGAUCGAGCUCGCGGCUGAAACGGUGAAGUUGAUCCUACGAAUUGAUGAUAUUGCUCUCUCGAGAUAG